CUUCAUUCCUCUUUCUCUCUCUUUGUUUCAUCCUUUCCUUCUUUGCACUUAGUGUAAAAAAAGGGCCUUUCACUUAUAAAGCUUCAGAUAUUCAUUUUGCAUAGAGAAGCUUUCCUUUAUUCAAGAUGAUGAAAAACAUCAAUAAAAUCUCGCAAGAAAUCCUUGCCAAACUCCCCCUCUUUCGUUUAAAGGAUCUUAUUCGUGCUGUUAGAGCAUGCAAGACAGCAGCAGAAGAAAGAGCCGUUAUUCAGAAAGAAAGUGCUAAUAUUCGAACAGCCUUUAAGAAUGAAAAUCCUGAUACGCGUCAUACAAAUGUUGCCAAGCUGUUGUAUAUUCAUAUGCUCGGUUAUCCUGCUCAUUUUGGUCAAAUGGAAUGCUUAAAGCUGGUCGCUAGUCCCAAGUAUGCUGACAAACGCCUUGGAUAUCUUGGGAUUAUGCUCCUAAUUGAUGAAAAAACCGAAGUGCUUACUUUGGUUACAAACAGCUUGAAAAAUGAUCUCAACCAUAGCAAUAUGUUUGUUGUAGGUUUAGCACUCUGUACAAUGGGUAACAUUUCUUCUUCAGAAAUGGCUCGUGAUCUAUGUUCAGAAGUUGAAAAGUUGAUGGGCAGUUCCAACACUUACAUUAGAAAAAAGGCUGCAUUGUGCGCUUUAAGAGUGAUUCUUCGUGUCCCUGAACUAGCUGAAAACUUUAUCUCUCGAUCCAAAUCUCUUUUGAACGACCGUAGCCAUGGUGUCUUGAUUACUGGUAUUACGCUUGUUACUGAAAUGUGUCAGCAAAACCCUGACAAUAUUCCCAUCUUUAGAAAGGCGGUUCCUCUGUUAGUCAGACAUCUCAAAAACCUUGCUAGUGCUGGAUUUUCUCCUGAACAUGAUGUGACAGGUGUUACUGAUCCUUUCCUUCAAGUCAAAAUUCUUCGUCUUUUACGUAUUCUUGCAAAAGAUGAUCGUGAAGCUUCUGAAUCCAUGAACGACAUUCUUGCUCAAGUAGCCACCAAUACAGAAAACAAUAAGAAUGUAGGCAAUUCCAUCUUGUAUGAAACUGUCUUGACCAUCAUGAACAUUCAAAGUGAAGCUGGUUUGCGUGUUUUGGCUGUGAAUAUCCUUGGUAAAUUCCUUAGUAACCGAGACAACAAUAUCAGAUACGUUGCUUUAGAGACAUUGAACAAAACUGUCGGAAUUGAAACACAAGCAGUUCAAAGACACCGCAACAUUAUUCUCGAUUGUCUUCGUGAUGGCGACAUUUCCAUUCGACGCCGUGCUCUUGAACUUAGUUUUGCUUUGAUUAACGAAGGCAAUGUACGUGUUUUGACCCGUGAACUUCUUGCGUUCCUGGAAGUGGCAGAUACUGAAUUUAAACAAGGCAUGACAACGAAAAUUUCACUUGCAGCUGAACGAUUCGCACCCAAUCAACGCUGGCACAUUGACACCAUGUUGCGCAUGUUGAAACUCGCAGGCAAUUUCGUACGUGAAGAAGUACUUGCCGGAUUCAUUCGUCUUGUAGCACAAACAACCGAGUUACAUCAAUACACGGUUCAAAAGCUUUAUGGUGCAUUGAAACAAGAUAUUUCUCAAGAAGGUUUGGUAUUAGCUAGUGUGUGGGUCAUUGGUGAAUAUGGUGAUGUACUUGUCAGCAGUGGCAAUUUUGAAGAAGAAGAAGGUGUGGUGAUUGAAGUAUCGGAUGUGCUUGUCAUUCGACUUUUAGAAAGUAUCUUGUUAGGUCCUUAUUCUAACCAAGUGACGCGUGAGUAUGUGAUGACUGCCUUGAUGAAGCUUUCCUCUCGUUUGUCAGACAGUAACGCACAAGUCAAGAUUAAGGAAUUGCUUCACCAGCACACAGUUAGUAUGGAAGUCGAGAUUCAACAACGUGCUGUCGAGUAUACCAAUUUAUUUUCGCAUGAUUCCAUUCGCCCUGCUGUCUUGGAACGUAUGCCUAUCCCUGAGGCACGUACUAUUAUUCAGGCUACAAAAUCUGGGCCUACACGUCAAAAUAGUACAAGUGUUGUAGGUCCUAGUGAUCAAGAUUUACUUUUGGACUUGAUGGGUGUUGGUACAAGUGGAGGAGGUGAUGGUAGUGGAAAUUUGAUGGAACAAACAGACGUCAUGUCAAGUCCUUUAGCUACUACCAGUCCUACUGUAGUACCAGAAACCAACAAGGCAUCCAAUGUUGAUCUUUUGGCAGAUUUGUUUGGUGGUUCUCCAGCACCUACUACUACUGCUGUUACUACCACUACUAUGGCACCUACAACUAAUAAUGAUUUAAUGGAUCUUUUAGGAGGAGCAACAUCAAAGACAAAUACAGAACCCUCACCACAAACUGCUACAAACACUGGUUUAGAUUCACUUGAUAGUUUAGGCCAAGUAUUGCCUUCGUCCACAAAUGCUGCAGAUUACGAAGCAUAUACAAAGAACGGCCUUUCAGUUCGACUCGCACCUUCUCGAGACCGUACGAAUCCCAACAUUAUUAAUAUCCAAAUCUUAUUUUUCAACAAUGGCUCUCAAGGCACUAUCAGUAACUUACAAUUUCAAGCUGCUGUACCCAAGAGUCAACGAUUGCAAUUAAACGCAGCUUCCAACACAGUUGUGCAGCCUAACACAACUGAAAAGCAACUCAUGAGAAUCAAUAAUCCACAACAGACUGCUGUUAAACUUCGUUUACGUAUAUCUUAUGAAGUCGGAGGUGAAAAGAAGGAUGAUAUUGCACAAUAUGGUCCUUUCCCUGAAGGAGCAUUUUAAUUGUAUGUAAUAAAGAAAGAAUAUAUAUAUAUAUAUAUAUCAAGAGUUUAUUUAGAGAGAAAAAAAGAGAGACAUGCUAGUGAUAAAGAGAUUGUGUACAUUUACAUUAAAGAAGAAAAAG